CUGACAACUUCCAAAACUAACUGACGUCGAUUUAAUUGAAGAGCUUUGGAUCCAUAGAACAACGAUCCUCAAUCUCAUUCGUAGAAUUUGGGAGGGGUUCUGUGAAGUGGCCUCGAAUUGCCAACUCCGAGUGUGCGAUUGAAUCAGAGAUCUAGAGAUCCCGAGAUCAUCCCUUGGGAAUCAUCUUACCUUUCCAGCUUUUGAUCAUUCCGAACUCCGUCGCGAGAUCUGACCCGCCAACUAUUCGAUGCCCUCUACCGUAAACGGCAGCCUAGAACCCAACUUCUGGGUGCUAGCACGUUCAAGCUGUAUAAUAUGAAAUAAGAAUGAAUUUAAUUUCUUACCCAACUCUAAUCCUCAGUCACCAUCCGCGCCAGCGCCAGCAUCAGCGUCAGCGUCAGCGUCAAAAUGUCUCUACGGCCAAGUCGUUAUCGCUCCUCCACAUCCGCCUCCACCCAGCCCGCUAUAUCUAAAGCUACCGAAGUUCUUCAGAUCCUCCUCGAUGCUAUAUCUUCUUCCCUCUCGACUAUCUCUAGCAAUGGGUACCCAAACUUCGAGCCCUUACUAGGUCAAAUACGCCAAGUUCGGCAACAUCUCUCUGCAACUGCGCCCCCAAGUUCUGUCCAAGAUGAUUUCAGGCAUCUUCGCGGCUUUCACCGGCUAUUUGACGUGCUCAGGGCUUUCUCCGGCUUUUAUAACUUGCAAAAACGAAGCGACGACGAGAAGAAAAACUUCUUCGACCUCCUCAAUGUCGUCUUUGGCGUAUUAUCUGCGGCUUUCCGUGGCCACCCGGGCAAUCGACGGUAUUUCCGCACACGAGUCGAAGAUGGCGGUUGGGAAGCUUUGGAGCAGAUAAUAGCAAGCAUUGGUCUCGGAGGAAGUGACUCAGAUCUUUGGACUAGUUGUCAGUUGUUUGGGAAACUUUUCACCUUGGCACUCAACGAUCCUGCAUUGGACCAACUAUGUUGCUCCGCCGUGCUGGACGAUACUACGCCCUGGGUCUUGAUAGCGCCGAAUGAAUCUGGUACUAGUGAAGAUAGCACGAGGAGUGAGGACCAGGAGAUCGCACGAUUAGGUGCUCAGAUGGCAUCGAUUGAAGCGGCUAUUAAAAAGACCAUUGGCCCUAAAUCGGCUUUGCACAAUUCAGAAGUCGUUCGUACGAUUGUCGAUUUCUGGGAAUCUUUACCACGCGAUAAGAAAACCCCGGAAAAUACGGCAUCGUUGCUCGUGCUCAAGAUCUUAUCGUCGAUCAUAGAGGCUUCUAACAUUAACUUAUGUCUUGUUCAUGAGACUGGUGUCUUAUCUCGGUUCCUGAAACUCGCUUUUGAUGAGGCAUCGCCCCUCAACAAUUCCGAGCGGGAAACAGUUCUGGCCCUGUGUCGAUCUCUCAUGCCCUUCGGCGUGAAUCGACUUGUGGAUGCACAGGAACUAUUACUUAGUCCCUCACUGAACUCAUCCGAUUUCUGUUUGGAGGUUAUGCACAGAUAUAGUGGCCCUCCAUUCAUACAAUUCGACCUAUCCCAACAUGGACAUUCAUCGAUCGAACUACCUAGUAUAGGCCGUCCGUUCCCCCCUCAAUCAUCCGCCGGAUACACAUUUGCUGCUUGGGUGCGGAUCGAUCAGUUUGAUCCAAGGUCGCAUACAACAAUAUUUGGUGCCUUUGACUCCACCCAAACUUGUUUUGUUCUGGCCUAUCUUGAAAAGGAUACCCACAAUUUCAUUUUACAGACAUCAGUCACGUCGCAACGACCCAGUGUCAGAUUUAGAACCUUCACCUUUAAGGAAAGGCGGUGGUAUCAUAUCACCGUGGUCCACCGACGGCCUAAGACAAUGACGCCUAGCAAGGCUUCUUUAUAUGUCAAUGGUGAAUUUGUUGAACAAAUACGUGCUUCGUAUCCCGCAUCUCCGCCAAUGUCGAGCGGCAGCACAGAAAGCUUUGCAUCUUUCACCUCGUCAAGUAACAAGUCUAUGCCGGUCCAAGCAUUUUUAGGGACCCCGAGGGAACUUUCUUCUCAUAUCGGGGCUGGGCUAAUAUCCUCAAAAUGGUCUCUUGGCACAGCUCAUCUUUUUGAUGAUGUAUUAAGCGACGACUUCCUAUCAGUACCUAGCCGACUUGGGGUUCAUUACCAAGGCAAUUUUCAAGACUGUCUCGGUGGGUUCCAAACUUAUAUGGCAUCUGCUGCUUUGGGACUUCGUAACGAUCUUGUUAGUACUGGAAAAGAAGAUUCCGAUAUCAUGAAAGUUAUUAGAGAUAAAGCAAGCCAUGUGGUACCAGAGCAUAAAAUCCUUCUUAGCGUGUUGCCGUCCUCCGUAUUUCGGGAAAAAGAGCAUUUCGGAGAAUCGCAACUCUUUCGUGCGUUGUCUCGUGGACCUGCUCACACACUUGUACAGAUGGUCCUUAAGAAUGGCACUGGCAUAGCCAUUAAUACCGCACUACCUUCGAUCAAUGAUGCACUUCUUCGCUCAAACGGCGUCGCAGUACUAACAGGAAACCCUAUUGUUUCAACGCCUCAGUUUUUUGACGAUGCCCUUUGGCAACUUGCGGGGUUUACACCCCUUGCGUUGAAGUUGAUUGAACGAGCCUCUUCGGUCGAGACACUAGUCCGUGCUGUCGAGAUGGUAUUCCUAUGCAUCAACUCGAGUUGGCGAAAUAGCGAGGCUAUGGAGAAAGAUGGAGGAUAUGCGAUAUUAGGAAUUUUAUUAAAGGCUAAACUUGGUUAUAGCGGCCCUGCAAGUGAAAGCGUUACGGACAAGCUGUCGCUUUCUGAUUCCGACAGGAAUAAGUUGUGUUUUCAGCUCCUCAGUCUUGUAUUAGGAUUUGUUGGAUACAAGCAUCGAAAUCCUCUCGACUCGGUCAUCGUAAAUCCUUUAGCAUACCGUAUUCUCCUCGUCGACUUUGAUGGCUGGAGAAAGUGUGGUCCCAUCGUCCAAGAGCUUUAUUACAGACAGUUCGUGGACUUUGCCGUGAUGAGCAAGUACCACCAGUACAAUAAUCGCAGGUUACUUCGAAUGCGAAUUGUAAAGAGACUCCUUGACGCCGUCAAAUCCGAACCCCUAUCAGAAAACGUAUUACCUUUUUUCAUAAGCACCGUCAAGAGCCUCGUGAAGUGCAACUAUAAUACAGAAGUGCACCAAUCACUUGCCCUCUUUAUUACUUAUUCUUUUCAUCCUCCGUCGAGAUCUCUCCCGCGUACCCCGAAAACCUCAACUCGACGGGCCUCGCAUAACGUUGCACUUCGGCCAUUAGUCCUUACGAAUGGAACAGAUGGCGAUGACGCGCGGUCGCUUACGAAGCGAGAAGUCGGCAUCCGCCUAUUAGAUGUGUACAGCCAGCUCCUAUGCGAAAAGGGGAAUUUAGUAAUCAUUCGAAAGUUUGCUAAAACUGUAACAAAUAAGUGGCUUUUGUAUCUCCUCACAGAAAACGAUCCGGAAAUUGUAGUAUAUGGCUGCAAGAUACUCGCUAGACUUUUAGUCACCCACGGCACCGCCUACACUAACAAAUUCGCCGGGAAAACCGGUGGGUUCUGCAUUAUGGCCCACCGUCUCAAGCGAUGGUGGGAUAUGUCGACUCUUUGGCCCAUCUGCUUCAGCAUUCUCUUCGGAUACGACGUAGCGGAAAUAGACUUCGAGAAGAACUUCGACUUCUUUAGCAUGUUGGAAACGUUUGGGAAAUGCAAAAUUGUCAAUCCAGAUGCAUUACCUAUCAUUACGGCUAUGAUUCAACAUGCGUUGAAAGACAUACUCAAGGACCAAGAGGAUCCUGCUUCUCCUCCCUUGGGUGAUUUAAACCCGACGGAACCUAAAGUACCUAGGCCCGAACCAGGUCUCAGGGCACGAGCAAGAUCAAUGUCGCUUAAAAAAGAGCUUGAAACUCGCCAAGCGUCCCAGCCGCGAGUUGAACGGAAUGCUGGCAACGCUGCUGUUCUUCAGACCGUCAUUAGAUUCAUGGCUGAUCUUCAUGCUCGAUCUGCUGACUUCCGAGACUUUGCUCUGACUUCCGAUUACGUAAGGUUGCUUUUGUCAACGCUUUAUCCGGCUAUUGUAAGCGCAGAUCCGGUAAAUCCAGAGACAGAGCUUAACUCUAGGGAUUCGAUGCUCACUUUCGAGGGCGGAGAUGUUAUAAUUCGUCCUGUCGGCGGGACUUCAAGUGCUGCCCCAGUAAUUAGAACUUCUGCUACGACUGAUAAGCCAUCACCACCCCAUGGAACCACUCACCGAGGAACCCAACUACGGAAGGCUUCAUCCUUCGUCCUUUUGACUUCCCAGAAGUCAUCUCAGCCUAGCCCGAGCCGUCUCGUACAUGUAGUACCCCCGAGGAAGAACGCUUCUGAUCAGAAUGUUGGCCAUGGGUUAGUCGAAGGUAUUCUUGAACUCAUUAUCAAUGUCUUCAUAGACCAGUUACUGGUGCGAAAAGAAUUUCCCGGGUUUGGUCUAUUCUUGAAGGUACCUCCUGGAUUCCAAGAGCACCAAGCAUAUUUCGAAUCAUACGUGCUUAAAAGUACCAUCGUUCACAUGUCUACAUCCAUUAAGCUUGAUUGGAAGACUUUAAACGAGCCGAAGGUACUUACAAAUAUGGCUCGAUUUAGUCUUCAUAUGGUCGAGGCAAUUUUUGAGGGGUGGUUCAUGAAUGGUACGGAAUCAAUGUUGGAUUUUGCUGGGCUCUUAUUGGAAUACCUCCAAAAGCCAGAAGUCGCAAAAAUGAAAACCGUAAGGCUGUGUAGCCAAGCAGUGUCGACCAUUCGAGGCUCAUUUCUGAAGCUCGUUCUCUUGAGACUUUCGGAAAUGGAUGAUCCACAGACGACUGAGCUAGAAGCCAAUUUCUCGAUGGAAAAGAUUCUAUACUGGCAGACAGCUGUAUUCGAGUCGCUGUCUCCCGAUGAUGAUUAUAUGAAGCUGUUUUGGUAUCAACUCUACACCAAGUUAGUUGAUGUGAGGCCAGCUGUACGCCUCGCCGCUGUUAAUCUGUGGCGGAUCAUGCUCGUUCAGAAGCCCGCAGAAUGCUUGUCAUUGUUUCGAUUAUUCAUGACUUCAGAUCAAACCUCGCUUGCAAUGGACUUCCAGAAGUUAACGGAACUCGAUACCGACACCUUCAUUGUGUGGGUGGAUGAACAUCGACCUUCACUUGACGCGUUGUUCUAUGGCGGCAUUUCUCGGACUUGGGAAGAAUUUGUUGCCGUUGAAAACCGAGGUACAUUAGAAACAGCCAAAUCGCGACUGACAAAGCGAAAAGAAAUUCUCAAACGGUGGCAUUCAGAGAUGAUCGAGCGAGACAAUAUCCUACUGCGUCAUGAUAUGGCCAAUUCCGCCUGGAUGAAGUCUAUCUAUGCUUCCGAGCAUUUCAAGCAUCAGCGCUUAAUGCAAGACCAACAAGACGAUGUCACUUUCUUUUCAUCUUCAUUCUUGAAGAUGAAAAGAGACCUUGACCGGCCGGGAGCAGUACUAUACGAGCCCAAACCUAUAAAAUGGAAACUUGAUAGAACUGAAGGCCGCAAUCGUAUGCGCCUAAGGCUUCUGCCAGACCUCACUACCGACCAUGACCAGUACCAACCAAAACGAAGGACAGUAGAUCCACCCUCAGCACCCGCCCCCAAACCGGACAUGAUUGUUUCUCCCGCACCAAUAAAACCUACGCCACCAUCUAUACCCCACGGACAGAUAAGCAGCCAUGGUGAAGGCGCCGAGGAUGAUCCGGACAGUCCGCCCAGUGACGCACAGACUGGCACUGAAUCUGCAAAGUCCGGUAUCCCCGAGGACGAUUUUGAGAUGGUUGAUGAUCCUUAUGAUAAAGCCGACGAUGGAUUUGAAGAUAAAAAUCGGAGGGUGAUGAGACGUCUACAGACAGGCGACGCCGUGCAGCAAGUUUACAAUGUUUCCCGCGUUAUUGGUCUCGAGGCGUUCGAGGGUAUUCUUCUAGUCGGGAAGGAUGCUCUUUACAUAAUGGACAAUUUCUUUCAGUGUGCGGAUGGAGAAAUUGUGAACGUCUGGGAGGCUCCAACCGAGGAACGCGAUCCAUUCUCUCAAAUCAUUACUGGGGAGAAGUCAAGCGAAAGCCGCCAAGCCACAAGUCGUAGUGCUCAAGACUCUCGUAGCUGGAAGUGGCAAGACGUUAUAAGUAUAUCGAAACGACGAUUCUUGUUCCGCGAUGUUGCCAUUGAAAUCUUCUUCACCGAUGGCCGGAGUUACCUCUUAACUGCUAGAAACUCCACGAUGAGAGACGAGGUUUUCGCUAGACUCAGUAAUAAGACUCCGCAUACCGCAGGAGCCAGCUCGUUACCCAACCCCGAAGAUGCAUGGCGUUUGGAAUCACUAAAGGUUUUCGAAGAAUCUACUCCAACUUUCGGGUCCAAGUUCGGUAGUAUUUUCAAUUCGUCUCCAUGGAAUCCUCUUAUGCGACGAUGGCAAAGAGGCGAGAUUUCUAACUUCCACUAUCUGAUGCUUGUCAACACAAUGGCAGGUCGCACGUUCAAUGACUUGACGCAGUAUCCAGUGUUUCCAUGGGUAUUGGCAGACUAUACUAGCGAAGAGUUGGACUUGACUAACCCUGCCACAUUCCGCGAUUUAUCAAAGCCCAUGGGUGCGCAAACUGCAAGGCGUCAGUCCGACUAUCAAUCUAGAUAUACCAGUCUAGCUGAGAUUGGCGAGACACCCUUCCAUUACGGAACACAUUACUCAUCUGCCAUGAUUGUCGCAUCGUACCUAAUCCGAUUGCCUCCUUUUGUGCAAUCCUUUAUCCUCCUACAAGGUGGUUCUUUCGACCACGCAGACAGGCUUUUCUUUUCGAUUGAAGGAUCGUGGAAAUCAGCAUCCCAGGAUAAUGGGUCUGAUGUACGGGAACUAAUACCGGAGUUCUUCUAUCUCCCAGACUUUUUGACAAAUGUUAAUGGGUACAAUUUUGGUGACCGUCAAGGGUCUGCAGGGAGGGUGAAUCAUGUCGAAUUGCCACCAUGGGCUAAAGGAGACCCGAAAAUAUUUGUCGCAAAACAUCGUGAGGCGCUAGAGAGUCCUUAUGUUAGCCAACAUCUUCAUCUAUGGGUUGAUCUGAUAUUCGGCAAUAAACAGCGAGGAGAGGCUGCUGUGGAGAACUUGAACGUGUUCCAUUAUCUUUCGUACUACGGUGCUAAAGAUCUCGACAAUAUCACAGAUUCAAAUGAACGCCACGCCACCACUAGCAUCAUCCACAAUUUCGGUCAGACACCCCAUCAAGUCUUCACUAAACCCCAUCCAGCUCGGGAGAGUUUCGCAUAUCCGGCAAGAAGGUUAGAUACAGGUAGUCAAUCUCUUGCGAGAAUACCUCAUCCUCUGCUCGAAAGUCGCGAGCGUGUAUCCUCACUCGUCUAUUCACCGAGACAGGAUCGUAUGCUUUGCUCAUCCCCAUUCCGUCUCAAUCUACCCCCUCUCUUUGAUAAGUGCCUUGAAUGGGGCUAUGCGGAUAACAGCCUACGUUUCUUUUACACGGAAAACCGGAAGAGCGCAGGUGUUAGCGAAAACUUGCACAUUGGCCAAAUAUCUUGCGUCGUCGUCGCGGAUUCCAAAACAUUGAUUACCGCCGGUGAGGAUUGUGUCGUGUCUGUAUUUACUAUACACACCGCAUCUGGAAAGUUCGUCGAAUUGCAACAUCGUUCCUCACUCUUCGGUCACAAGACCCCCGUCACGACAAUCGCCGUGUCCAAAGCUUUUAGCACGCUAGUGACAGUCUCUGGCGACGGACAUGCAUUCCUCUGGGAUCUAAACCGGCUCGAAUUUGUGCGCAAGUUACCGAGCACACGAGCAGUGGAGUGCGCACGCAUCAACGACGUGUCGGGCGAGAUUAUGUUAUGUUCGGGGCCCAACGUGGCCCUAUACACGAUCAACGGCGACCUGAUGCUUGACCAGAACGUGUGUGCCGAACACGACGACUACGUCUACUCAUGCGCCUUCUACGAGGGUUCCGGAAAUGAGUGGCUGGAGAACUACCUUGUCUUCACGGGGCAUAGGAGGGGCAGGGUGAAUAUCUGGAAGAGGGUCGUUAAGGAUGGGAAGUGGAUAUUAGAACUGGUAAGGCGGCUGGAUCACAUCGACACAAGGAGUGAUACAGGCGCGAAUACAGAGGCCGCGAUCACGUGUAUUACGCCAAUGCCACAGUUGGUGUAUACGGGGGAUGAUGAUGGAAGAGUGUACGAGUGGAAUUUAAUCCAAAGGGAGAGAUAGAGUUUCGACCGCGACACAAAAAGGCCGUCUUCAGCUCUAUCGUUCUGGAAUAUGCGGGCAAGAAGUUCUUGCUCGUAGACUAGCAUGGCGUUUUGCCGUUCAAGAUUCGAUUUCACAUUCUAGGAGAAAGGGGAGGAGUGCCUCGACGACAUGAUAUGACAUACGGGAAGGGAGGGAGGUUUCUAUCACUUGCGUAACAACUAUCUUAGGUGUGCUGUGCGGCUUUGGUUUUUGGUUUCUAGGAUAGACGACCUGCUUAGAUUAGGACCGGAGACAGGAGUCUACGUGCGGAGUGUGGCGCUGGCCGUGCAGACAGAUUAUGAAAAAGCAAAAGCAAAAGCAAAAGCAAACAGACAAAUAUACGAAUGAAUGAAACGGCUGA